CGGCGUGCCCGCCUCCUCUGUUGGCGGUGUUGAGGCGGGAGCAUUGGGAGCCAUUGCUGGCGGUGGCCGGGCCUCUAAUCGUUCAACGAGGGUCCGAUCUGCCUCCAGGACGGGGAGGGAGGCGUCUGUAAAAUAAAAAAAAAUACAGACGUGCAUCACAGAGGCCGGGGCCUGUAAACUCAGUUUGGCGGAGGAAAGAGAGGGACGGCAGUGCUGAUGGCAGAUUUCGCGGCGGCUACGGCAGCGCCUCCGCACGCAGUGGGUACCGGCGCGGCCGGGCCUGGAGCGGCUGGAGCCACCUUCAAAAAGCCGGACGCCUUCGCCGAUGCGGUGCAACGGGCCCGGCAGAUAGCUGCUAAAAUUGGAGGUGACACUGCCACAACAGUAAACCACAGCACGCCAGAAUUUGGAUUUGUUGGUCAAAAGAGACAACUGGAAGAUGGAGAUCAGCCAGACAGCAAAAAAAUAGCAGCACAAAGUGAUCCAAUUGGAGCCCAGCUUGCAGCCAUACAUCAGCAAAGGACAACUCUUACAGAGGAUUACAGAGUACCAGAUGGGAUGGUUGGUCUUGUCAUAGGUCGUGGUGGGGAACAGAUAAACCGAAUACAGCAGGAAUCUGGUUGCAAAGUACAGAUUGCUCCAGAAAGUGGAGGUUUGCCAGAACGAUGUGUUUCGUUGACGGGAAAUUCGGAAUCAAUUCAGACAGCGAAGAUGCUGUUGGACGAAAUAGUGUCCAGGGGUCGAGGUGGGCCACCGGGUCAGUCCCACGAUUCCACGAAUGGCCAGAGUGGAUCUAUUCAGGAAAUAGUAAUUCCAGCAGGGAAGGCUGGGCUAAUUAUUGGCAAAGGUGGAGAGACCAUCAAACAGCUUCAGGAACGCGCAGGAGUGAAGAUGAUCUUAAUCCAAGAUGGUUCACAAAAUGCUAAUGUAGAUAAACCACUCCGGAUUAUUGGUGAUCCUUUUAAAGUGCAGCAAGCUCGAGACAUGGUGAUGGAGAUCUUGCAUGAGCGUGACCAAGGAGGAUUUGGCGACAGAAAUGAGUUUGGCAACCGGGGUGCUGGUGGUGCUGGCGGUUUAGAUGUACCGGUGCCACGGCAUUCAGUAGGAAUAGUGAUCGGAAGAAGUGGAGAAAUGAUCAAGAAAAUACAAAAUGAUGCGGGAGUCCGAAUACAGUUCAAACCAGAUGAUGGGUCUACGCCAGAUAAGAUAGCGCAUGUAAUGGGGCCUCCAGAGAGAUGCCAGCAUGCUGCACAAAUAAUUACUGACCUUCUGCAGAACGUGCGGGCUGGGCCACCUGGUCCCCCAGGGCCUGGAAUGCCGGGUCCUGGCCGAGGAAGGGGCAGGGGUCAAGGCACAUGGGGCAUGGGCCCCCCUGGAGGAGAGAUGGCCUUCUCAGUCCCCAGCCACAAGUGUGGUUUGGUCAUUGGUAGAGGUGGGGAAAACGUGAAGGCAAUCAACCAGCAGACCGGUGCUUUUGUGGAAUUGCAGAGACAGCCCCCUCCCAAUGGCGAUCCGAACUUCAAACUGUUCACUAUCCGUGGAUCGCCCCAGCAGAUUGAUCAUGCCAAGCAGCUCAUUGAGGAAAAGAUAGAGGGUCCUUUAUGUCCUGUUGGACCCCCAAUGCCUGGUGGCCCUAUGGGACCCUUCCAGCCUGGACCUUUCCCCCAAGGACCUCCAGGAGCUCCUCCGCCCCACCCUGCUGCUGGUGGCCCGCCUCCUCCGCACCAAUAUCCUCCUCAAGGUUGGGGAAACACGUACCAACAGUGGCAGCCGCCUGGACCUCAUGACCCAAGUAAAGCUCCUGGAGAUCCAAAUGCUGCUGCCUGGGCUGCCUAUUACCAACAGUAUUAUCAGCAGCCUCCUGCACCUGUCCCACCCCAACAGCCAGCUGCUGCUCCACCAGGGCCAGAUCCAACACAGCAACCUCCAGUUCAAGGUCCCGGAGGUCAACCUGAUUACACUAAAGCAUGGGAAGAAUAUUAUAAGAAACUAGGCCAGCAGAACCAGCCUGGCCAGCAGCCAGGUCCUCAACAGGAUUACACAAAGGCAUGGGAGGAGUACUAUAAGAAACAAGCUCAGAGCGCCCAGGGGGCAGCGGCAGCAGCAGCAGCAGCAGCGGCCCCACAGCCUGGAGCCCAGCCGGAUUACAGUGCAGCCUGGGCUGAGUACUACAGGCAGCAGGCAGCAUACUAUGGUCAACCGGGGGCACCACAACCUGCUCCCCAGCAACCACCCACACAGCAAGGGCAACCGAUGUGGCUCUGCUACUGUUGGAGCGUGUUAUCUAUACUCUGGCGGUGUGAUUUUGGGCCAGUCGGGCAAUCUGGACCUUUGCUGUCUCCGAAAGUGAUCCACCAGGCUGUGACCAAAUCCAGGAAGCCAGGAGAUGGGGCUCGGGCCUGUGAUAGACUCCACCUCCCGCCGGUUAAAGCCCUGAGGAAGACUGAAAUCAUUGCAGGGAGUGCGGAGGCUGCUCUGUUUACCAGCCUCUCGCUCGCUGCUGCCAGAGAAGUUGUGUGCGUGUGGUGGUCUCUCAGCCUCCCUCUCGCUGCUUCCGAAGGAAGGAAGGUCCUUGUGUUCGAGUGUUCCCGUUGACCCUCCGUGGUGUUGGAGCAAGGGUUAAUUGAGGCUGAUUGUACACUCAGACUCUAAUUCGGGUUUAUGACAUGUUCCAGUUCUGGCCCUGGUUCUUUUGGGUGAUUUUUGAAUUGGGGUGGUCUGCAGAUAAUGAACUGAAAUAUGCCUUUUUGGUUUUUGUGUUUUGUAUUCCGUGUUUUCACUCAUUUUUUGUUGCCGUUUUGUGAGUUGAUGUUUUUUCUUUGAACGGCUGGUUCCGUGGCUCUUAGUCCGUGGGGAAGAUGGGGCUUCUGGUUUAAUGGUGUGAUUUCUGGCUGGUGGCCACUGAAACAAAGGAAACAACCCAACACUUUGUUAAUCACUCUUUUCCUGGCACAUGAUCAUUGCAAGUAA